AUGAGCGGAGCAGCCGGCCCCGCCUGAAACCCCAGUUAUAAGGGCCGCGCCCGGCGGCGCCAGCUGAGGUGUGAGCAGCUGACGGAGUCGGUGGCUUAAAGUUCCAGAGCCCGCGCGUGUUCUCCGAGACAGAGACAUUCAGAGGUGCCAUGUCGGAGCCAUCCCGAAAUGCCCGUCCAAUCCCCCAGGGCAGCAAGGCCUGUCGUCGCCUCUUCGGCCCAGUGGACAGUGAGCAGCUGCGCCGAGACUGCGAUGCACUAAUGGCCAGCUGUGUGCAGGAGGCCUGUGAGCGAUGGAACUUCGACUUUGUCACUGAGACACCGCUGGAGGGCAACUUUGCCUGGGAGCGUGUGUGGGGUCUGGGCCUGCCCAAGGUCUACUUGCCCUCGGGGCCCCGGGGGACCCGAGACGACGUGGGAGGAGGCAGGCGGCCUAGCAGCUCACCUGUCCUGCUGCAGGGGACAGCUCAGGAGGACCAUGUGGACCUGUCACUGUCCUGUACCCUCUUGCCUCGCUCCCCUGAGCAGCCUGAGGGGUCCCCAGGUGGGCCUGGUAUCUCUCAGGGCCGGAAACGGCGGCAGACCAGCAUGACAGAUUUCUAUCACUCCAAACGCCGCCUGAUCUUCUCCAAGAAGAAGCCCUAACCCGCGCACUGGAAGCCUCACACUCCUGUAAACGUGGACCUGCCGCCCCUUGCAGGCUCCUUCUACAUCUUUUGCCUUAGUCUUUUAGUUUGUGUGUCUUAAUUAUUAUGUGUGUUUUAAUUUAAAUUCCUCAUGUACAUAGCCUGCUUGCCUCCCACCCCUGCCAGCUGCUGGCAUUAGAAUUAUUUAAAGAAAACAUUAGAGGAAUGAUAGGCUUAUUAGAUUGCCAGAUAUUUUUAUUAUGCAAACUAUUAUUUAAAAAUUUCUCAUCCUAUGCUCUGUUUCCUGUCUCCUGGAGGUAAAGUGGGGCUGGCAUGACCCCCACCUGCUAGGUGGUGCUCACCGGAGGGGCCUGGCUCCCUCUGUUCACUGUCACACUGACAUUAUGAAAUUCUGCCCCUUUCCUUCAUUCUCAGACCUGAAUUCCUUAAAAUUUGAGAAGAAAUAGCACUUUGAAGGGGGCCAAGCAGAGUGGGGGCAUCAUCCAAACCUUGGAGUCCUUUUGCCUCCUCUAAGGCUGAGCAUGGUGACCUUGAAGUGGGCAUAGCCUGGAAUAGGGCUGGGGACUGGCACCUUCCUGGCCCUUGAUACCCCACUCUGUCUUGUGAAGGCCUGGGGAAGGUAGGGUCCCGUAGCAAACCACCUUGCCUCCCCUCACUCCCCUCUGCUGCCCACGGUGGGGCCAGCACAGUGUAUGGCCUCCACCCUGUUGGCUUCCCUGGGACUUUUCUAGGAGCUCCAGAUGCCCCACUUUUCUAGCUGGGCUCUCAAGUCCUCCUCUGUUUCUUUCCUCUCCCCUAUGUCUUUUCCCUCUAGACUCCUCUCAGCCCUGGUGGCAGCUCUGGGGUGCUUGUCCCCACCAACUCAGUGGAUGGGAAGGGGAAGGGGUAUGCUAGAAGUAGAGUUCCCCAGUUCUACCUCAGGCAACUCGAGCAGUGACUUUCUUCUCCUCUCAGCGCUUGGGGUAGAAAUCUUGGGUGGUCAGACAGGCCUCCUUGAGUGGGGAUCUCUGCAUUAGAAGUAUGUGGGUAGUGGGGGUGGGGAGCGACGUUUUCUAGGAGGGAGAGAGUGUGACAGCAGCCCCUGGGACUCCUCCAAGGACUUUCCCCAUCUGCCCCACCCCUCCCCCAUUUCAUUGCACUUUGAAUAGCAGCUGAACAAGGAGUCGGAUGUUUUAAGAUGGUGGGAGUAGAGGCAGUGGAUCGAGCAUGUCAAAUGGGCCACUACAGGCCUGGGAGUUGUGGGCUGUCUUUCCUGGCACUGAACAUUGAACCCCGGGAGGCACCAAAGCACUUAGUGGUUCUAACCCCAAACAUCUUCCAGCUUCUGUAACUUCCUGGCCUGGACUGUUAUCUCCUGGCUCUCCAUGUGUCCUCAUUUGCCUGUCUCCACCUAGAUUGUACACCUUUCAAGGGCAGGGACCAAGUUCUGUAUUGCUCUGUGUCCUUUGUAGCCCCUCCCACAAUGCUGGGUAUACAGCAGGUGCUCAAUAAAUAUUUCUGGUGACUUUA